AACGGUGAGUGUGUUUUCUGCUAGUGGCAUCGAGGCCGGCCUGUCGAUAACACUGGAGUUGUUUUGCUUAUCAGCACUUUUCGGCUCCGGUUUGAUCGGCGGAAUGGUGAGCCGGUGAGAACGCCGAUAGAUUUUCUCUUCACGCGUGAAAUCCAAUAUUCAAGAAGGGAAAACUAAGUGGACGUUCUAUAUUGCCACAAGAAUGUGAACACUCUACUGACAAAUGUUUCGUUCGAUUAUCGUGCAAGGAAAUUACGUUCGUUUUGAUGGAUCAUCGCUAAUUAAAUCCGCAGUUAAAAUUACGUAAACUCUCGUCUAACUCAAUUUUAAUAAAGAAAUUUAUUGUUUUGCGCGCAUUCACGGUAAAACUGUAAUUGUUAAUGAAAUUUCUAUCAAGUAACGAAAUAAUUGUUCAGUGAACAAACCGCGUAACGCGAUUCAAUUGCUAAUUAAGUUUGUGAAUAAAUAUUUACGUGUGAUUAAAAAUAAUUUGACGAAGGCGACAAGAGGAAGAAGGAAUAAACGUGAACGAUUUUUUUGGAAUAGUCCAUUUUAUCAGUGAGAGAAGAUUGUGCAUCAACAAAAAAGGCUACAGAUAUAAUUAGACGCGAUAAGUCGGAAAGCCGAGGAUUGGAAUAAAGCUGAAGUUUCAAAGGUGUAAAAAGAAUUUGCUUUGGACAUGCAUUGGACGAAGAUAACAUGAGGUUCUCGUGCUUCCCGAGGGCCAAUUUUCUCGGGCAGAGGGGUAGCAUCAAUCUCACCCCUCUGCCGAGUCACGAGGAAUCCAGCAGCCUCAGUCUAAUUAAUGGUGGAAGACACGGUGUAAUCGCCAGCAACGGUGAACCGAACUUGUCGCACGGCGUUAUACGUCCAUUACCCGGUAUUACUACUCCAUCCUCGGUAAUUACUAUAAAUGGUACCGGACCGCCGACACCAACACCGUAUCAAUAUGACAAGCCGAAAGAGACAGCUGCCACGGACAAUGGCGAGCAGCAGGUGAACAAUCCGAGAGGCGGCGUCAUCGGCAGGACGCCGACGCCACCCUCUGCGCCAACCCCUGUGUACGAAAAAGACGCAAGGAGCGCAAGGCAAAUUAAACGAGCCAUUUUAGAAAAUGAAUUUUUGGGAAAUCUCGAGGAGAAUCAAGUGGAGGCGCUCGUUUCCGCGAUGUAUCCGAAACAAAUUCCCGCCAAUACUUUGGUCAUUCGGGAAGGUGACAUAGGCUCGCAUUUGUACGUGUCAGCGGAAGGGGAGUUCGAUAUUUACGAGGGAAAUAAAUUCCAAAGAAGCUUCGGACCGGGAAUCGCGUUUGGAGAAAUUGCCCUACUGUACAAUACGAAAAGACUUCGAUCAAUUAGCGUAAAGAAAGGUGGAAAAGUAUGGGUACUCGACAGAUCAGUAUUUCUCACUAUAAUGAUGAGAACAGCUCAGGAACAAUUAGAGGGCAAUAUCCGUUUUCUUCAGCGUGUUUCCGUUCUCCAAAAACUCCCCGAACCUAAAGAUCACGUGCUCGCGAAGAUAUCCGAUCUCAUAAGAAUAGAAUUUUUCCCAGCUGGCGCCAAAAUAUUAAGGCAGGGCGAAAAGGGUGAGAAAUUUUACAUAAUAAGCGGCGGUAACGUACGGAUUACGAAGGAUACUGAAUACGGUGGCGAGGAAGAACUCGUUGUUCUCAGCAAGGGAGAGUAUUUUGGCGAAUUGGCGCUUUACGAUGACGAAGGCGAACGACGUGCUAACGCUAUCGCACUCGCGCCCGGUGUCGAAUGUUUGACAUUGGACAGAACGUCAUUCUUGAACUAUCUGGGUAGUCUCGAUGAGAUUCGUAACAAGGACUGGUUGGCGGAGUACGAGAAACAGAAGCGUUCGUUGACCCCGAAAAAAUGGACAAACGAAUAUGCCAAUUUGACCUUGUCCGAUCUUGAGACGAGAGGAACUCUAGGAGUGGGUGGGUUCGGACGUGUCGAGCUUGUCACGCUCAGAUCCGAUCCAAACAAAAGUUUCGCUCUGAAGAAACUCAAGAAGAAGGUCAUGGUCGAGCAGCAACAGCAAGAGCACGUGCUUAACGAAAAGUACAUUAUGCAAGCAUGUGAUUCACCGUUCAUAUGCAAACUUUAUCAAACAUACAAGGAUAGCAAAUACGUUUAUUUUCUUAUGGAAGUAUGUCUCGGCGGAGACGUGUGGACAACUUUACAAAGGAGACGCUACUUCGACGACGCCACCGCGCAGUUUAUGGUCGGUUGCGUGGUUGAAGCUCUCGAUCAUCUUCACUCGCUAAACAUCGUUUACCGAGAUCUCAAACCGGAGAAUCUUAUGCUCGACACGCGUGGUUAUCUGAAACUAGUGGACUUUGGAUUUAGUAAAAAGAUCGGUCCGGCCAAAACGUGGACGUUCGCCGGCACACCCGAAUAUGUCGCUCCGGAAAUUAUCUUGAACAAAGGACACGAUAGAGCGGUGGAUUACUGGGCACUCGGUAUUUUAACGCACGAGCUUCUCGUCGGCAAACCACCGUUUCGAGGAUCCGAUCAUAUGACGACUUACAAUAAAAUACUGAAAGGCAUAGAAAUGGUCGGUAUACCGAGUAUCGUCAACAAAAAUGGCAAUAAUCUCAUUAAGAAGCUACUCCGUUUGAGCCCGUCAGAACGAUUGGGUUAUCAGCGAAACGGAAUACAGGACAUCCGCGAUCACAAGUGGUUUUCCGGAUUCAACUGGCAAGCACUUCAAAGAUUAGCACUCCCGGCUCCCAUUGUGCCCACGGUGCGACAUCAACUCGAUACACGAAAUUUCGAAAGAUAUCCACCAGAUCGUGAUAUUCCGCCAGACGAAUUUUCCGGUUGGGACAUUGAAUUUUGAAGACCGAUGCGAUCGACCUUCCCACCACGCAAUCUUUUUGCGCGAUUACGCAAAAGCAGGAUUUUUGUGACUUUUUAUAAUAAAAAAAAAAUAAUCGAAUAUUUUUAGCAAUUGACAAUUGUUUUUUCUCUUAAAAGUGUCCUUAAAACAAGUAUCAAAGUAAUUAUUUAAUAACAGCAUCGAUUUACUUACAUAUUCGAGUAGAUUAUUUAAUCUUUGAGAGCGAAGAAAAACUCAAAUGUGAAAAAUAAUUCAAUAACAUAAAAAAUACGUUAUAUUCUUCGUAAAAGCAUAAUUAUUGCAAGAUAUUCUGGUGUACCUUGAUUCAACAUAAAACUAUACGUACCUAUGUUUUUUUUAACGAUACUCCGUUUUUUUAUAUGUGUGAUAUUAAAAAUUAAACUAUAUUUAUAUCUUAUGUUAAAUUCUGUCUAAUAUAUAUAGUAACCUGUAAACGAACGUAUGCAUUUGACUAAAAUGAUUUUGUUGCAUAAAACACCAGCAGUGUAAUGUAAUUUUAAGAUAUAAUGACGUGUCACAUUUUCGAAUAAAUAAUUUUCUAAUACUUUU